CAUCACGAUAACCUACGCCGCCAAAACCCGCACACAUUUUCGGACCCAGGAUUCAAACGGAAAACACUUGCCGAUACGUGGACCAUCCCAUCAUGCCCAGCAACUCUAAUCGCAGCAAGUUCCCCGUGCCCCACGCCCUUCCCUCCUAUUGGCGCAAACAAGUCGGCCCGAUCGACCGCCACCGUAGUACUCCCAGACUCCCUUCUUCCGCAGACAUCGUGGUUGUUGGGGCUGGGUAUGUGGGUGCGAGUUUGGCGUAUCAUUUAGUUGAGGAGAGUGCGAGGUGUGGAAGGAAAGUGCCGGAGAUUGUGGUUCUGGAGGCGAGGGAGGCGUGCUCGGGGGCUACGGGGAGGAAUGGUGGACAUUUAAAGCCAGACCCGCUACUCAGAGCAGCCAGCGUGCUUUCUACACACGGAAAGGAAGUUGCAGAGCAUGUCGCGAGUUUCGAGGCGAGGCAGAUUGGUGCGAUUAAAGCGCUGGUGAAGCGCGAAGAUGUGGAUUGUGAUUUUGAAGAGACAAGGGUCGUGGAUGUUUGUUUGUACAAAAAGGGGAAGGAGAAGAUCAAAGCCGAUCUUGAAAGAGUGGUUGAUGCGGAUAUUUCUACGGCGAGGGAUAUUGGGUAUAGUGAGGAUCGCGAGGCUGAACAGGUGUCUGGUGUGCGGGGGGCCAAGUCCUGCCUCACAUACGAUGCCGCUCGUCUGUGGCCGUAUCGACUUGUGACACACUUGCUAGAGAAAGCCGUCUCCCUUGGAGUCAAUCUGCAGACAUACACACCUGUCACCAGCGUCUCACCAGCCGCCACAGAUGCAAAAGAUCACCGGUGGCUCGUCACCACCCCACGCAGCACAAUCAAGACCUCCAUCGUCAUCUAUGCCACCAACGGCUACACUUCGGCCCUGGUGCCCGAAAUGAAAGACAAAAUCGUCCCUGUCAAAGGCAUAGUAGCGCGGCUAGUGGGGAAAUAUGCACCGAGACUGACGGAUAGCUACAUGAUGAGAAUCUCGGACUACGAGUACGACUAUAUGAUUCCCAGGCCUGAUGGUAGUGUCAUAGUAGGAGGUGCCAAGAGGGACUUUUUUAGGAACUUGAACGACUGGUUCGACAAUUCCGACGAUAGCAGUCUAAUUAAAGGCGCGCGACGUUACUUUGAUGGGUACAUGCAACGGCAUUUCUACGGAUGGGAAAAGAGUGACGUCCGCACCGAAGAUGUCUGGACAGGUAUCAUGGGUUAUUCGAAUGAUGGAUUUCCCUACGUUGGACCGGCUCCCGGCAGACCUGGCCAAUACUUGUGCGCAGGAUUCAGCGGCCAUGGCAUGCCGCAGAUCUUCUUCUCCGCGAAAGCAAUCGCUUCCAUGAUCGUCACGGGUGACACGGAAAACGUGGAUCUGCCUGUUCCGUAUCGUAUUUCGCCUGCCAGAUGGAGUCAACCAAAGGAGCACGUGUCAUUGAAGUUGUGGAGAGAGAUUGUGGAAAGCGAACCUGUCCGGGCAACAUUGUGAGCGGCGAGAUGGGCGAUGAAUCCGAUAAUUACCCUUUCAUUCCAGUAUGGUACGCGCAGGCCUAGACUGCAAUUGCGGAGCCAAUUGUGUAUCGCAUAUCUCGUUUGCCGCGUAGGCUUGUGCAAUGGGAUCUGGACAGUUGUAAAUACAUCGACUACCUGGGCACCCACAAAAUAUUCUCAAACAAUUCUCGUUCAGGGUUGCCGUGCUCAUUGAAGUCUGGUGUAAAGAAAGCGGCGCUUCCAUCCGGAUUUAGCAGGUUAAAGUCAAAGGGGUAGAUAUCGAGGGAUG